CCUCUCGCUGUGCUUGUACUCUUUGCACAGCUGGUUCACGUUGAUGCUGCGUAAGAUGUUAUUUACGACCUAGAUGCCCGUCACUGGCGGCCACUCUGUCACCAUUUAGCUUUUGGAAAACAACCACUUUGUGUGUGUGGGGGGGAUACAAGGAAAGGCCGUCCACAUAUUGUGUGCACGUUAGGGCGGUUGUAUGGCGGGAGGGACGCGGCGGAGGGUGUCAGGCUGCCGGGUCUUGACUCUGGACAUCAGUGGCAGAGCCCCCGGAGAGGAGCGCGGUGUUAGCAUGCUAGCUGUGGUCAUGCUGCCCUGACUUGGAUCCACUUGUUGUCCUGCUCGCUUCGCUCAUCAUGGCGGCGAACGGGGGCGACCUCACGACAGGAAUGGGGGAAAUCAUCCAGCUGAACGUGGGAGGGACACGGUUCAGCACCUCCAGGCAGACCCUCAUGUGGAUCCCCGACUCCUUUUUCUCAAGUCUGCUGAGUGGAAGAAUAUCCACUCUUCGGGAUGAAACUGGAGCUAUAUUUAUUGACAGAGAUCCUACAGCUUUUGCACCAAUUCUAAAUUUCCUCCGAACCAAAGAACUGGAUCUGCGUGGCGUCAACAUCAGCGUUCUGCGACAUGAAGCAGAGUUCUAUGGCAUAACUCCCAUAGUGCGGCGCCUUCUGCUGUGCGAAGAACUGGACCGCUCAUCAUGUGGUAGCGUUCUCUUCCAUGGUUACCUUCCACCGCCAGUCAUCCCUGGUCGCAAGUCAAGCUCCGCCCACUCCUGUGACGAGCGCUCAGGCACCAGUGGAGUGGAAGGAUUACCUCACGGUGGUCCCCCUUCAACCCCUCCAAUCCCUGGCUCACCUGGAUCAGAUGACACACACAAACUCGGACCUGACCCUCGCAAGGUGCUCAUUGUAGCAGGGCACCACAACUGGAUUGUAGCGGCGUACGCACACUUUGUCAUCUGCUACAGGAUAAAGGAAUCUACUGGAUGGCAGCAAGUGUUCUCUUCUCCUUACCUUGACCGGACAAUUGAACGCAUCGCGCUCAAUGCCAAGGUGGUGGGUGGGCCGCACGGAGACAAGGACAAGAUGGUGGCAGCUGCCUCAGAAAGCAGCAUCAUCCUAUGGAGCAUCCAAGAUGGAGGCAGCGGCAAUGAGAUAGGUGUGUUUAGCCUCGGUGUGCCUGUGGAUGAUCUCUUCUUCAUUGGAAACCAGCUGGUGGCUACCAGUCACACGGGGAAGGUUGGAGUUUGGAACGCUGUCACGCAGCACUGGCAGGUUCAAGAUGUUGUUCCCAUCACCAGCUGCGACACAGCAGGAUCCUUCCUCUUACUGGGCUGCAACAAUGGCUCCAUUUACUACAUAGACAUGCAGAAGUUUCCACUGAGGAUGAAAGAUAACGACCUUCUGGUGACGGAGUUAUAUCAUGACCCCUCCAACGACGCUAUCACCGCUCUGUCUGUCUACCUCACACCCAAAACCAGUGUGAGUGGCAACUGGAUCGAGAUUGCUUACGGGACAAGCAGUGGUGCAGUGAGAGUCAUCGUGCAGCACCCAGAGACCGUUGGCUCGGGUCCUCAGCUCUUCCAGACCUUCACCGUGCACAGGAGCCCUGUGACCAAGAUCAUGCUGUCUGAAAAACAUUUGGUCUCAGUGUGCGCUGAUAACAACCACGUCAGGACUUGGACAGUGACACGCUUCCGAGGGAUGAUCUCCACCCAGCCGGGGUCCACACCUUUGGCCUCCUUCAAAAUACUCUCCUUGGAGGAAACUGAGAGCCAUGGCAGCUACUGCUCAGGAAAUGAUAUCGGUCCAUUUGGAGAGAGAGAUGAUCAACAGGUGUUCAUCCAGAAGGUCAUCCCGGUUACCAACAAACUCUUUGUCAGGCUCUCGUCCACAGGGAGAAGAAUCUGUGAAGUCCAAUCUGUGGAUGGGACCACCAUCUCUUGCUUUAUGGUUCGAGAGUGCGAAGGUUCCAGCCGGAUGGGAUCCAGACCACGUCGCUAUCUGUUUACUGGCCACAGCAAUGGUAGCAUCCAGCUGUGGGACCUGACCACCGCAAUGGACACUGCCAAUAAAGGAGAGGAGAAGAAGAAAGAAGAUGUUGGUGGACCCACAGAAGAAGAACUGUUGCAGCUGUUGGACCAGUGUGAUCUAAGCACCUCCCGUUGUGCCACACCUAAUAUUAGCCCCGCCCCUUCUGUGCUGCACCAUCCACACCUCAGAGAAUCUUGCUCAAGUCUGCAGUUGCAGACCCAGGAAGUCGUCCCAGACAACCAGGCCACCUACGGGGCUGUGCGGCCCUACAGAGAGAGCCCCCUGCUGGCCCGCGCUAGACGAACAGAGUCCUUCCACAGCAACCGAGACUUCCAGAACUUCAGCUUCAGUCGAGGUGUCCAAAACAGUACCGAUCAGACCACCGACACCCGCCGCUCACUCUGUGACUUUGGGCCUGAGGAGAGCGAGAGGCGGCUGUCGGCCAUGGAGUUCUGGAGCUGCCGCAGUGCCAAUGCCAACAUCGGAGCUUCGACCACUUCCGUCAGGACCAAGGGAGAUGGCGGGAGUCAGGAAUCUCCACGGCAACCCCCUGAUAGCCCCAUUUCAGGAGCAGGUGAUGCCAGGCGUAAGGUGCAACUGCAGUCUGAGGAGGGUGACGUUCUGGGAGAUGGGAUCAAGGCGGAGGGAAGUGUGAAAAAGAGGGGAGUGCUGGAUGUUGGCUUUCUAGGGAGGAAGAGGGCGCCACCGGUGCCCCUUCCAUCCUCUGGCUCUGAAGGUGGAGGCAGCGACUCCUCGACUAACGCUUCGCCAUCACCAACCAAACUGGCGGUGUCCACCUCACCACGACACAGGAAGUUGGACAUAGAGUCAUCCAGUCUGGACAGCAGCCUCUGAUGGAGUUCACCAACAUUCCAAAGACUGAAUGUGAGUCUGUCUCUGUGUCUGUCCUGUCCUGAAACUCAACUGUUCCUUUGUUACAAGCAACACUUACAUCACAGAAGCUAAAGUUUGUUGUGCUGGCUCAAAAGGUACAAAAACAUUCCCGUUAAAGUGAACUAAACGUAUGCGUAACAGACGCAUAGCUUUUUUUUCUUCUUUUUAUAACAUGACAGUCUCACGAGUGUGCCGGUUAUGCAAGAUGCACAACAAUACAUACACAAAGAAGACAAGAUGGUCACAUUGCAGCAAGAUACAUAAGUAAGCUUGUUGAUAACGUUUCACUCUCUUACUUUAUUGCCAUGAGAAGCACUGAAUUUCAAGUCCAAAGCAUGCAUUAUGAAAAAAUACAACCAGAUGAAAAUUAUUCUGAAAAUGUUUAUAAAAUAUUAAAACAGGAGAAAACAAGUUGAUGGAACACUUGAGGAACUCCUUUUAGCAUGAGUGAAAAUGUUUCUUUAAUAUACGAACCUAGUAUACAUCCAUUAUUUUUCACUUUCUUUUAUAAAAUGUUAUUAGCACUUAUUUGUUCACAGUGGUGCCUCUGCCUGUGCAAGAUUACUACGCAAAUUAUUAUUUAUUUUUGUACAGUUUUAAAAGUGAUCCUACACUCUUAUCACUUUAUCGUGUUUUGUCGUGUGUGUGUGUGUGUGUGUGUGCCUUAUUCAAUGUGUUUAUCACACUAUUGGUGUGCUUUAAAAAGAAAUGAAGGCAUUAUAUGACAAACUGACACCAGGUUAAGUGAUCAAUUGGAUGUUGUAAAUAGUAGAUUAUAACUGGAACGUGUAGUUUGUGCAAGUGUUCAAAGAGAAUAUUCUUCUUAAGCCGCACACGGUACUUUACAUGAAUUGCUAAAUAACAACAAAACAGACCAUGACAAGAAAUACAACUACAUGAAGACGUCUUGUGCAACAUUCUUGUCGUGCAUUUAGUAGUUUUUUUGUGUCUGAAAAAGAUGUUCACACACUAACUGGAUAGAAAUGAAAAUAUUCCAAUGAUGGAUUCAUAUCUAUGAUGUUUUGAGGUCAUUUGUGUAUUGUUGCUAAUCAUACAUAUAUUAUAUAUACUAUUGGACCUGACUUCAUUUGCACUAUAUAAGACUCAUUUUAUUUUAUAUAGAAUAUAUAAAUAUAUCAAUGUAUUAUGUUGUGUUCACAUGCUAGUGAGCAUGUGUACCUAUAUUAUUAUUUUUGUUUUAUGCUUGAAAUGUUCUAUUAGGAUAAGAUUGAUAGCAGCGUUACCUAAAACUUGUUCAAACUGAACACUCCAAUAAACACUACAGUAAUUAAGUAAAACAAGUAUUUGGGUCAUUUUGUUUAAAGAUGUGUUCAAAGUAAUUAGGAUUGUUUGCCAAAUGUUCUAUAUGUGAGGAAUAACUUUUUAUAAAUGUAUGAGAUUAUUCUUGACUCAACAGCACUGCUGAGUUGAAAGGUCAAAUUAGCUUCUUUUCAGUGGACAUAUUGCACACAACUAUAUUUAUCUUAUACAGUGUAAAAUAAAUGAUAUUUAAAAACAUAAUUUUGAAUCAAUUGUAUUUCUAAAUGUAUUUUUAGGAACAAUUGUUUUUCUAAGCUUUAA